AUGGCCGCCAGCAGGGCGAAGACGGCCACGGCCCGCAUUACGAAGUGGGAUAAAUUCCAUCGGCUACGCGAAGAAACAGCACCCGACUCCAUAUCUGAUCUUAACGAACGGAUCAGGUCGCUGAGCCGCGACGUGACUUCCACGACAUACAAGAUGGCGGCGCCUCGAGAGCAGCCAUCGACGGAUUCCCGCCUACUGCACAUUUGCCUGCCAAGCCUGGCGUCAGAAGACCAGGUUCUCUACCAGGAGACAUCCGUGCCCGCGUACGCCAUCGAAAAGUCUUACCGGUCCGCUGCACUCACGGCUCUGGCGGGCGUCGCCACUAUCGUCAUCUUCUGCAUGUUCGCCUACGCGCUCUUCUCCAAACCGGCGCGCCAGACGAGCGUACCGGACAGCCUGUUCUGCCGCACCGAGGACUGCGGAAUGCAGGCGGACAUACUCGAGCGCUGGCUAAACACGAGCGUCGACCCGUGCCACGAUUUUGACGGCUACAUAUGCUCCAAGUGGGUCGGUGCUCAGGGCGGAAGGCAGACCACAGGGACGCUGGGCUACGGCUUGAAGAAAUGGGCGGAAAACUUCGAGGUCAAACUGCGCAGAGCAAUUCCGUACCUAAACACUGCCGGCCAAGUCGUCGACGUCUUCACGAAGUGCAUGGCCGACGUUUCGAGAGCCGAGUCGCGCCAAGGCGUCGAGCAGCUGAAGGAAUUCAUGCGCGAGCUCAGAGUGCCUUGGCCCGAAGCGCCGUCGGCGGGAGUGGACCCUCUGGAAGUCGUUCUGGACCUUUCGCUCAACUGGCGCGUGGGUCCGUGGUUCGACGUCACCGUGUUGCAGGACGGCGACGGGACGGCCAACGCUGUCUUGAGGCCUGCCAGUCUCUACUGGGUGUGGUCUUCCAUCGAACGAGAAGUCGGGGCUUCGGCGGCACACGCCACUAUCUGGAACGGCCUCUACCAGGAGUUUGCACCGCACCAGCCGCAGCGACCGCAAGCCGAGGUAGACGAGAUCGUGCGAACACACGGAGACAUCAACGAAGAGUUGGGCCGCGUGGUCAAAUCUAGGCUCGCGGCACCGUUCCAGGUUCAUAUUCGGCACAUCGGAGUACACACCGUCAACGUCAGCGCGGAUCGCUGGAGAAAGGCGCUGGAGGCGUCGAGUCGCCACCCGUUCCAUCUAUCGGACAACGUCACCUUCGCCGACAAGACCCUCUUGGAAGCGGUGAACAACAUUUUCCUCCGCUACAACGACACCACCGUAAUGUGGCAUCUGUCCUGGACGUUCGUUCAGGUCUUCUCCUCGAUCGCCGACCGGGACUUCUUGACGUACAAGUUCGGCAGCCAGGCGUUGGCCCGCAGACAGCGACGUUCGUUCUGCGUGACCGAAGUGGAAGCGGCGUACCGAUGGAUCGUCGUCUCGCUGCUCGUCGCCGCCGACUUCCCGCGGGAAAGUCGAGACACUAUAGACGCCUCGCUGAACAAAAUCACGCAGACCGUAGCCUCUCUGCUGGAGAACGCGACUUGGGCCGACCCUGGCUCCGGAAAGGCUCUAGGCGACAAAGUCCGAAACGUCUCGGUGACCCUCUGGCCGAGCGAAGGCCUCCUGACCGAGGAAGGGCUGUCGAAGCUCCACGCAGGCUGGUUCUCUAACGCGAACUCCUUCACCGAGAGCUGGAUCAAAGCGGCCAGGAACUGGCGCAAACUCGCCAGUCGGAGCGACCACGCAGAAGUCACUGAGCACCCUCUAAACGUCUUCGUACCAUUCGUCCGGUACGACCACUUCCUCAACGCCGUCCGCGUGGCACUCGUGACACUGUCGCGGCCCUGGUACUACGCGAAAGGCACCAAGGCGAUGGAUUACGGCGCGCUUGGCUUCUACUACGCACUCCAUCUAGUCGGAAGUUUCGACAGCGUAGGAAUUCAGGUGGACCCCAACGGGAGAAUCACAGAUUCGUGGCUAUCCGCCGGCACGAAGGAUGCGUUGGCGAAGAAGGCGUCGUGCCUCGGGCCCCAGUCAGACGCCUACGGCGACUUCUUCCCAGAGAUUGUCGCCAUGGAAGCUGCGCAUGCGGCGUACGAGGCGGCCACGACCGAACACGACCGCUCGCUGAAGGUUUUUCACGCGUUCAGCGAGGACCAGCUCUUCUUCGUGGCGGCCUGCGUCACCAUUUGCGGACUUCACGACGCGUACCCCGCCCUGCGUGUCAGCUGCAACAAGGCGGUCUCCGAAAUGGCGGCUUUCGCCACUGCCUUCCGAUGCCCGGAGGGCGCCGCCAUGAAUCCGGCAAGGAAGUGCACCUUCUUCUCGUGAAUCGGGGACCGCGCUACCACUUCCGGUUUUCUUUUAGUCUUUGUAUGAUAAUGAAUACGUACAGUUUAAUGAGACCAGUUUGGUGGGAUUUCUUUGUGUGUUUGCGUGAAUGGGCUUUAAUGUGUUGAAUAUUAGAAUGCGUUUGAUUGAACGUGUGAAAAUAAACGCCAUGCA